CUGCCCCGGUCGGGUAAAAGGCGCAUGUGUGUUAUUGCUGUGAUGUGAGUUGAGCUGCAUCCAGACGCACUGGCCGCCGCUGGCUGAUGCUCCCCCCCCCCCUCAUCUUGGUGGUGUUGUGCGCAAAAUCUCCAACGCCGGACGGACGGACGCAGUUUGACGGUACAAACGAGCGGCACUGCGGGGGGAUAUCCAAGAAAAAGCCAUCCAAAGACGACAUGGAUAUUUAACGGGCAUUUAAUUUUUUUUUUUUUUUUAAAUCUUAUUCGUUUUUACCCUGGGAUGUUGCUUUUGCCCCUGGGGUGUUAAUUAAACCUGCUCGAUGUCUCUCAUCAGUUUAUAACCGAAACAAAAUGAGGAUUUCUUCUGGCGACUGGUUUCUGUUGAUAUUCUCUGGCUUUUGGGGACUGACAAUGGGUGCUUUCCCGAGCAGUGUUCAGAUCGGCGGUCUGUUCAUCAGAAACACUGAUCAGGAGUACACUGCCUUUCGUUUGGCAAUCUUCCUGCACAACACCAGCCCAAACGCCUCGGAGGCCCCGUUCAACUUGGUGCCUCACGUGGACAACAUCGAGACGGCCAACAGCUUCGCCGUCACCAACGCCUUUUGCUCCCAGUACUCCCGAGGUGUCUUCGCCAUCUUCGGCCUGUAUGACAAGCGCUCGGUCCACACGUUGACGUCCUUCUGCAGCGCCCUGCACAUCUCCCUCAUCACGCCCAGCUUCCCCACCGAGGGCGAGAGCCAGUUCACCCUGCAGCUCCGGCCGUCCAUCCGUGGGUCGCUCCUGUCCCUCCUCGACCACUACGACUGGAACAAGUUCGUCUUCCUGUACGACACCGACCGGGGAUACGCCAUGCUGCAGGCCAUCAUGGAGAAGGCGGGACAAAACAACUGGCAGGUCAGCGCCAUCUGCGUCGAAAACUUCAACGAUGCCAGUUACCGACGGCUCCUGGAGGAUCUGGACCGGAGACAGGAGAAGAAGUUUGUCAUAGACCUUGAGGCUGAGAGACUGCAGAACAUGCUGGAACAGAUCGUCAGUGUCGGGAAACAUGUCAAAGGCUACCAUUACAUCAUGGCCAACCUGGGUUUUAAGGACAUCAAUCUGGAGCGCUUCAUGCACGGUGGAGCCAACGUGACAGGUUUUCAGCUGGUCGACUUUAGCAACCCCAUGGUCAUCAAACUGAUGCAGCGCUGGAAUAAGCUGGAUCAGAGGGAGUACCCAGGCUCAGACGCACCACCCAAGUACACCUCAGCGCUGACAUACGACGGGGUGAUGGUGAUGGCCGAGGCCUUCAGGAACCUGCGCAGGCAAAAGGUAGACAUUUCCAGACGGGGGAACGCUGGCGACUGUCUCGCCAACCCCGCCGCCCCGUGGAACCAAGGCAUCGACAUGGAGCGCACUCUCAAACAGGUCCGGCUGCAGGGAUUAACAGGUAAUGUCCAGUUUGACCACUAUGGCCGCAGGGUGAACUACACUAUGGACGUGUUUGAACUGAAGAAUAAUGGACCCAGACGGAUCGGCUACUGGAACGAUGCAGACAAACUGGUGCUGAUCCAGGACUCUCCGCUGCUUCCGAAUGACACUUCUGGCAUGGAGAACCGCACUGUUGUAGUAACUACCAUCAUGGAGGGUCCCUAUGUGAUGCUUAAGAAGAACUGGGAGAUGUACGAGGGCAACGACCAGUACGAGGGAUACUGCGUGGACCUGGCCUCGGAGAUCGCCAAACACAUCGGCAUCAAGUACAAAAUCUCCAUCGUUCCCGAUGGAAAGUACGGCGCCAGGGACCCAGAGACGAAGAUCUGGAACGGCAUGGUCGGGGAGCUGGUGUACGGGAAAGCGGAAAUCGCUGUGGCCCCUUUGACUAUCACGUUGGUCCGGGAGGAGGUGAUCGACUUCUCCAAGCCCUUCAUGUCACUGGGCAUUUCCAUCAUGAUCAAGAAGCCCCAAAAAUCCAAACCAGGGGUGUUCUCCUUCCUGGACCCAUUGGCCUACGAGAUCUGGAUGUGCAUCGUGUUCGCCUAUAUCGGCGUGAGCGUGGUGCUCUUCCUGGUCAGCCGCUUCAGCCCGUAUGAAUGGCACACCGAGGAGCCCGAAGAGGGCACCGACGGUCAGCCAAGCGACCAGCCCCCCAAUGAGUUUGGUAUCUUCAACUCCCUCUGGUUCUCCCUGGGCGCCUUCAUGCAGCAGGGCUGUGACAUCUCCCCCAGAUCGUUAUCGGGUCGAAUCGUUGGAGGGGUGUGGUGGUUCUUCACUCUCAUCAUCAUCUCAUCCUACACGGCAAACCUGGCUGCCUUCCUCACUGUGGAGAGGAUGGUUUCUCCCAUUGAGAGCGCCGAGGAUCUGGCCAAGCAGACAGACAUCGCCUACGGCACUUUGGACUCUGGCUCGACCAAAGAGUUCUUCAGGCGGUCAAAAAUCGCAGUCUACGAGAAGAUGUGGGGUUACAUGAAGUCAGCAGAGCCCACAGUCUUCACCAAGACGACGGCUGAGGGCGUGGCACGUGUCCGCAAGUCCAAAGGGAAAUAUGCCUUCCUCUUGGAGUCCACCAUGAAUGAGUACACAGAACAGCGCAAGCCAUGCGACACAAUGAAAGUGGGAGGAAACUUGGACUCCAAAGGCUACGGAGUAGCUACACCCAAGGGUUCACAGUUAAGAACGCCUGUAAACCUUGCCGUAUUGAAACUGAGUGAAGCAGGAGUCUUAGACAAACUGAAAAACAAAUGGUGGUACGAUAAAGGGGAGUGUGGACCCAAGGACUCGGGAAGUAAGGACAAGUCGUCCCAGGCCCUCAGUCUGAGCAACGUGGCGGGGGUCUUCUACAUCCUCGUCGGGGGCCUGGGCCUGGCCAUGCUGGUGGCCCUCAUCGAAUUCUGCUACAAGUCGCGCAACGAGGCCAAGAGAAUGAAGCUAACAUUUACAGAAGCCAUGAGGAACAAGGCCCGUCUGUCUAUCACAGGCAGUGUCGGGGAGAACGGACGGGUGCUGACGCCCGACUGUCCCAAGGCCAUCCACACCGGGCCUCCCCUCCGCCAGAGCUCUGGCCUCGCCCUGGUCUCCUCCGAGCUCCCGUGAAAACCAAAAACCUCUCAAGUGCCUUAUUUCAAUAACAAGAAAAAAACAAUAAUCACACCGUCCACAAAAACAACCAGAAACUUACCACGAAGAAACAGGAUUCACACACCCAACAGGUCACCUCCAGUGGGCGAGACGGGACCGACAGAGGCGCUAACAACAAAUCCCACUGUUAGAGGCACAACUUGUUGUGGCUUAUUGAUUUCUCUCAGAAAUCUGUGGCAACCAGAGGCAGAACAAUCUUGAUUUCUUUUUUUUUUACUGUGUGGCCACACAGAAGCGUAUGUUUGAAUCAAAGGUCAUUGGAAUCCACUGGAGCCAUUCAACCUUUACCACUCCAGUGAUGUGAAGAGGAACAUGAGUAAUAUCAUGGUAUAUGAUAAAGAUGAAGACCAGAAAACUGUAAACUUGAAACUCAAAACUGUGCAUUUUUUGGAUUGCUGUGAAUUGGCAAACAAACUGAACUACAAUCAAGAUUGUUUUUCAAACUGAACAGUAUUUGCUACACAGACAUGAGCAGCGUUCAAUAGACAACAAUCACACUAGAUAUCAACAAGUGACACUGGGAGAGUUGUAGCCCAGUGCCAUCAAGAUAUGAUGAAAAAUAUUUGUAUUCAUAAUAACAGAAAUUAAAUUGAUUGAUAUUGAAUAAAUGAGCAAACAUAGGAAACUGUGAAAAUAAGUAAAUAUGUAUAUUCCAUGAAAAACAAAAUGAAGACUUUAGCUGUACAUAGGGACGACUGUGUAACAUGCUUGCUUUUUAAACAGAUGUACAUAGCAGAUACUGUAGUGGACAGACAGACAGUUCUUUUUUUGUAAAUCAUCUUUAAAGAUUUUAUUCAUCGAAAUAAUGAAAAAGAUGAUGCCACUUGAAGGAGGAGACGUGGGAAGCAGCGUUAAAAUCUGUUGUGUUGAAUACUUAACUGUAUUACAUAGGAACAUUCAAACUCUUAAUGUGAAGGGGUAUCAACUGCCCAAAUAUUCUGAUACCUGUUACAUACAAAUGCAUUAAUAUAUUCAACAAUGAAUGUUAAGUAGCUCCACCCCCAAUCCUUAAACCACACCCCUCACUGUGCAGACGUAGACCCAGAGAGUUGCUCAUAAGUAGAGCUUUAUAAAUCAAGUUUCUGCAGUCAGAAUAUAACUAUUUUUUUCAUUCUUUGAUCUAUUUUUUUUACGGAGAAAUUAAAAAGAAACUGUCUGUCUCCUGGUUUUAAAUGUUGACAGUCCAGUACUAUCUGGGUAGAUCUUUUAGACCAUUAUUUGUGUGGAGACAAGCCGAAGCCAUGAGGCAAAAUAAAAUUUAAAAAAAUGCCAUUUAUCAUUCACUAUGUUAUUUGAAAUGUCUAUGCUAUUUCCAGUAAGACGUCGAACCCGAACUGAUGAAGCCGCUGUUUGUAUGUUGAACAAUGAUUAUAGAGCCCUUCCUUAUUGAAACACUGUGGAUCCUCCGGGGAGACUGGACACACUGUACAGAAAUGUAAUUGCUCCAGUCUCGCUGACUAAAGUGUCCUCAUCUCUUUUUUUUUGGAAAAUGGAAGGACAAUCUGCAAUAGGAUACAAAAAGCCACAUCUUCAGCAGCACCAGCCGACAAUGGCUGUGGUUCUAAAUGUUUUGGUUUAUUUCUAGUUCUCAUCCGGUCCAUUCCUGUACACAUGUUGUGACCGGACAGCGACGUUUGCAGCGGAGAAACCAGCUGAAAUAUUUCAGGUCAUGCCUUUUUUGUCCUGCCAUCCGUCUUUAGAGCUAAAGUGUAAUAUGGUGUCUUUUUUGGUUCAAUUGUACAUCUUUAUUUUGAUCUUUUUUAAGUAAAAACUAAUUUCAA